AUGCUGGAGUCUAGUUCAAUAACGUGGGAAGCUCCCUCCAAGAAGAUAUAUGACACGAAUGAUCUAAAGUACUUCAAAAGAUCCAUUGCGUUUGCAAGGUUACAAAGAGCAUUUAAUGACAUAUUGACUACAGUCAAAGGUUAUGAUGUUCCUAAGGGUGCUCUUAAACCGUCAAUUGUCACGAGAAAGAAAGAAAACAUACCUCCUCCACUUAUUAAUGGUCUCCAUCCUCCGGUUAAUGAAGAGAGCCCAAGAGAAAAUGAAAGUUCACAGCUUGAUGGAUAUGAUAUUAAUGUAGUAGGCAUCGUCAAGGUAUUGAAAGAAUUUGAUAAGCUCAUCGAUGAAACACCACCACUUAAAGGGCCAAGGAGAUUUGGAAACUUGGCGAGAAGGAAAUGGCAGGAAAAGUUGGUCAAAGAAGCAAGCCAAUUGCUUGAGAUACACUUGUCGUUUCCACAAGGAAUCAAUAAAGAAGAUUUCUUAGUAGAAUUCGAAUAUUAUUUAGUAAACUCAUUUGGAAGUGAAGUAAGGUUGGACUAUGGCACGGGACAUGAACUUCUGUUUUUGGCCUGCGUUGGGAGCUUGUUGCAUUUUGGAUUUAUACAAUUGAAUAAUAAGGACAAACGAAAGAAUUCCGACAGUUUAUCACUUAUAUUUGCAACUUAUUAUGACUUAGUUCGAAGAUUAAUAAUAGAUUAUAGUCUUGAACCAGCAGGAUCACAUGGUGUGUGGGGAUUAGAUGACCAUUUUCAUUUCAUUUAUAUAUUGGGUGCAGCUCAAUUCAAUGGAAACAAGUCGGCACCUCCGGUUCAACAAGUAUUGACCAACACUACUAUCAACACCUACAUGACUUCAAACUUUUAUGUUAAUGCCAUAUCAUUUAUCUAUAAAAUUAAACUGGGGCCCUUCAAUGAACAUUCACCAAUUAUCUUUGAUAUUCAUUCCACAGUUGCUACAUGGUCAAAGGUUUUGACUGGUCUAAUAAAGAUGUACGAUGUUGAAGUGUUGGGAAAGUUUCCGGUUGUCCAACACUUUUGGUUUGGAGGAGAGCUUUAUCCUUGGAGAGACAUUGAAACUAAUAAGGAGUUUCCUGUUUUUAAAAAGGACGCAGAUGAAGAUAAUGUGGAAUUUAUGAAUGACAAUAAAGGUAUUAAGACCACAAAAAAUAACAUCUCUAUGACUGCAGCACCAUGGGCAUUGAAUAAUCCUCCUUCUUCUUCUUCACGUAUGCACGGCAGAUCCAAUUAA